CCUUGUAUGCGGGCGUGAACGCGCAUGAGCAACACGCAGGGAGAGCGUGGCGCGCGUGCUCUCCUUUCCAAGCCAAUCACAUUUUAGAUAAACACAAUGUUGCGUCAUUGUUAUUGUGGUAGUUGGAGCUCCAGCUGCUUGCAGGCAUUUCGCCACCAUUUCGCUGAUAUAUAGGCCUUUAAACCUGCGGAGACUGCAUUAUACCGCUGCAAUGUCACUACCGGUGGACGCUUCCUCUGACGAAAGUCUGCAAGGUUCCUGGGUUGAGCUGCAUUUCAGUGGGAAUGGCUCCCAAAGUGCCAGUCAACAAGGAAGCCAGGAGCAAAUUCCCUCAUCCAGCCUGGCAGCUGACAUGGAGAAAAUGUUGCUAGAAGCACAGCACGAAUCAGGCAGGAGCAGCUCCAGAGGAAGCUCUCAGUGCAACAGCCCACGCAGAGCACAGACCCCGCUUCUUCUGUGGAAAGGCUCAGAGGGGAAUAGCUCACAGUCAGAUGAAGAUUUCCAAGAGAGAAUACGGGAAGUUGAGAACCUGAUGAAGAAAAAUGCUGACUGGAUCUGGGACUGGUCUAGCCGACCUGAGAACAGUCCACCAAAGGAGUUCCUGCUGAAGCACCCUAAGCGCUCAACCUCUCUCAGCAUCAGGAAAACCAGCGUCAUGAAGAAGGGAGGCUUUCUCUCUUCUGACUUUCUGAAGCUUUUCCUUCCAUCAUUUAUCAUUUCCCACAUACUCGCUGUUGGCUUAGGGAUAUAUAUUGGAAGGCGCCUAACACAUCCUAAAUAGGAUCGUGGCGCUUGGCACUACCACAUCAACGUCAUGCAACCAUCUUGGCAUGAAAACGGGACCUUCUAAUGAUCAAAGGAAAUAUAGUAGCCAUGUGACGUGGUCCUGUUGAAUUCAGUGUUCCACAUUUCCCACAGCAGUGUGGAGAGUUGAGGGAUCAGUUAUUGCUGUUUUUUGGGUGUAAACCUCUGAACACAGCAGUGGCGUUUUCUUUUGAUUGAACUCAAAUCACUUUUAAAAAAUAAAUAAAUAAAUAAAUAAUGCAAGCAGUUUUUUAGAGGAGGCAGAUGGCUCAAAGAAAUUUAACUUGACUGUUUUAUUUGUUUUGGGGAAUCUUUAGAUUAGUUGAUGGCACUCGUUACUGAUUGCUUAGUUGUGCAAUGAUAAAUUGUGAUUUUCAAAAAAGAACAAACAGCAUAGAAAUGGCACAUGUUCAUCAUCAAGAAACAUUAAAAGUGUGAAACGUAUGCAUGACCUUAA